GGGAAGCCAUGGCGGCGGCGCACCGGAAGCGGCGCGCCGGAAGACUGGCGGGCGUGGCGGAGACGCGUCUUACUGGGAUGCCUGGAGGCUCUUUCCCGGCUGUCGGGACCCGGAAGGCUGUGCCUAGUCCACCUGUACUUCGUGGGCCCAGCGGAGCAGCGUGGGGCGGCGGCGGCGGAGGCCCAGGCUGGCAGCGGCGGCUGCCGGGGGCCCAGCCAUGGCCGAGUCGGUGGAGCGGUUGCGGCAGCGGGUUGAGGAGCUGGAACAAGAACUCUCCCGGGAGAGAAGCCGGCAGGUCGUGGGCGGCCGGACCCGUAUCGAGAAGAUGAGCUCCGAGGUGGUGGACUCCAAUCCCUACAGCCGGCUGAUGGCACUGAAGCGGAUGGGGAUUGUCGGUGACUAUGAGAAAAUUCGUACUUACGCUGUAGCAAUAGUAGGUGUUGGUGGAGUUGGCAGUGUGACUGCCGAAAUGCUGACAAGAUGUGGCAUUGGCAAGUUACUGCUUUUUGACUAUGACAAGGUGGAACUGGCCAACAUGAAUCGACUUUUCUUCCAGCCUCAUCAAGCAGGACUGAGUAAAGUUGAAGCCGCAGAACACACCUUGAGGAACAUUAACCCUGAUGUCGCAUUUGAAGUUCACAACUACAAUAUCACCACCGUGGAGCACUUUGAGCACUUCAUGAGCAGAAUAAGUAAUGGUGGCUUAGAAGACGGAAAGCCUGUUGACCUAGUUCUUAGCUGUGUGGACAACUUUGAAGCUCGGAUGGCCAUCAAUACAGCUUGUAAUGAACUUGGUCAGACGUGGAUGGAAUCUGGUGUCAGUGAAAAUGCAGUUUCCGGGCACAUCCAGCUCAUGAUCCCCGGAGAGUCGGCGUGUUUUGCGUGUGCGCCACCGCUUGUAGUUGCUGCAAACAUUGAUGAAAAGACCCUGAAACGAGAAGGCGUCUGCGCAGCCAGUCUCCCCACCACCAUGGGAGUGGUUGCAGGGAUCUUGGUUCAAAACGUAUUAAAGUUUCUAUUAAAUUUUGGCACUGUCAGUUUUUACCUUGGAUAUAAUGCAAUGCAGGAUUUUUUCCCUACCAUGUCCAUGAAGCCAAACCCUCAGUGUGAUGACAGAAACUGCAGGAAGCAACAAGAAGAAUACAAGAAGAAGGCCGCAGCCCUGCCCACACAGGAGGCUGUACCCAAGGAGGAGGAGGAGAUAGUCCACGAAGACAACGAGUGGGGUAUUGAGCUGGUGUCGGAGGUUUCAGAAGAGGAACUGAAGAACUCUUCAGGUCCCAUUCCCGCCUUACCAGAAGGAAUCACAGUGGCAUACACAGUCCCAAAGAAGCAAGAGGAUUCUGUUUCUGAGGUAACAGUGGAAGAUUCUGGUGAAAGCUUGGAAGAUCUCAUGGCCAAGAUGAAGAACAUGUAGACCAUGGACUAGCAUUUGAUUUAUUUUCUGUACUUAUUUUAUCCCCUUGGUAUUAAAAUAAAUCAAAACUAAUAAAACUUAGGGCCGCCUUAACUGGCAUGUGGAUUUUUACUGAGUUAUCAUGCUGUAUGGAACACUAGUGGUUGCUUCUUGCUUCCCUCUACAACUGAAUCGGUAAUGCUCCCACAGAAAGGAGAGGAGAGGCCAAUCCCAUUCCAUAAUUUCCUUUACAGUAAUUAAUUCCUUGGACUGAGGCCCUGGACUCUAAGCAGUGCAGAUGGAGGACGGGAUGUUUAGCCUGGCGGCUGUGGCCAGCAAGUGUCUUGAGUGUCUGGAUAGCCUCCUGCCAGUUACCCACUGCUACUAACCUGACCGGGGUGACUUCACACAGUCAGCCUAUAGAAUAAAACAUCCCUUCAGAUGUUUCUCAGUGAGAUGUGUCUUCCUCAUGGGCAGUGUGUGAACCUGUGAAUUAAGUAUUUAAGACAAAGCAUAGAUAAAUGCAAGCUGUCUUUGUGGACAGACAGGUACGUUAAAGAAAAAAACAUCAAUUGUAUUCUAAUUUUCACUAACCAAGAAAAAGGCAUUGCCUUCUGUAACAGAAAUGCCUCGAGUUGCCAUGUUAUUGAAUAACAGGCACAAGUGCCAUACAUUGUUGGGACUAAUUGAGUCCUGGCCUUCAGCUGCUCUUCCCUGCUAGCGCCUUCUAAUUGAAGUUACUAAAAGCUGUGCUUUGCCUAGAGGAUCAGAGGAUGGGAUUUUCACCUGUUGGCCAUUGACUGCAGGGUAUUUAAGCCUCCAUGGUGCUAUUAAAGAAGGGCUUUUGUACCAGUGUAAUGGUAAGCACUCUGGACUCUGAAUCCAGCGAUCCGAGUCUAAAUCUCAGUGGGACCUCCAAUCGCUGGUACAAAAGCCCUUCUUUAAUAGCACCAUGGAGGCUUAAGUACCUUGCAGUCAAUGGCACAAGUGCCGUACAUCAUAGAAACUAUGUGCAUCAUAGAGACUGUUGGCAAUCAGAGACCGUGUGCAGAGACUGUGUGCACAUCAUAGAAACCACGUGCACAUCAUAGAGACUGCGUGCAUCAUAGAGACUACAUUAUUUAGGCUGUGUACAUCAUAGAGACUGUGUACAUCAUAUAGGCUGCUCCUGAAUACUUCAACUUGAUUUCCUAAACAGUGAGAUGUUAGCAAGGCUUGUCCUGAGUAGUGGGCAAAAUGAAGAACUCGAAAUUGCCUUUGCAAUGAAUGACAGGUAUUUGUUCCCUGGAAGGGGUUCCAUUUCCAACUGUGACCUCUUAAAUUGUAAACUCAUGACUGAUGUGAAUUAUUGAUGAUUUUUACCUUGAAGAUAAUUGAAUCUGUAAAUGUCUAAAUUGUGUGUAUUGAGAAAUGUUAACAAAAGUUAAAAGUAUCAUUCCUUAUUUCUAAAAUAAAGUUGUAAAGACCAACUCUAGAUAUCAGUUUAAUGUACUAACUUUGAUAUUCUAGAAUUAAAUGUGACUUUUUUCAUGUUUAUUGUGAAGUCAGGAAGAGAGUGUGCCUAACUUUGAAACUUAAC